AUGUUGCCCCAUGUCCCCAGCGUGUGGAGUUUGACAUGCUUUGCUCUGCGGUGGCUUUGGGGAAAAGUCAGGCUGUCAAAAGACCUGCCUGAGUGGCCCGGCUUCUGGGCAGAGCCACCCAACCGGAUCUUGCCAGCGAUGUCUGAAGUAACUCUGGAGGAGUCACAAGUCCGUCAGAAAUACUGGGUGGCUGUUCUCCUGCUGGGCCCUCCAGUGAUGUGCAUCUUGUGCCAGGCGGUCCGCAUGAUCGCGUUUGCAGUGCGCCUGAUGGUUGCCAAAGCAAUCUCCACGAUGUCGUCGCAGGCUUCGCCAGAGUAUGUUCAGAUGUCUACUCAAGAUCCUGACACAGAGGACAAAGACGACCAUGAAAAGAGCGACAGACAUUCUCAGCGUGAAGCCAACACCCCUAAAGAGGAUGUUGCGGACGGCUGCAUGUCUUCAGAGUUCUGUGCAGCCAUCCGAUUGUGGGUGGCACUUGCGCUCUACCAUUCUGGUUGUGCCUCUUUGGUACUCGUAGCGUUGCGGAAUGACUGGUUGUCGCUUCGAAGCGGACUGGCGUGGGAGCCUGGGCCUCGCAGUGAUUUAACUUUUUCGACUUUCGGGUGCCUUCUCGGGUCUUCGUCGUGUAUUUUGGAUUCCUACACCCUAAACCUUAGGGGAUCUUGA